UUGGUCGCCGUUGCCGUUGUCAUGGCGGCGGUGGGGGUGGCGGUUGAGCCUCCGGCCCUGCUAUCCGCUUCAGCAGAGUCCGACGUCUACGAUGGGUCCGGCAGAGAGUCUGUCAACGCCACUCCAAUGCCCAGCUUGACCCCCACCCUGUCUCCCACCCCGGUGCCGACGCCAGUCCCCACCCCGGCGGUGUCAGGCACCCCGAUCCCGGGCAUGGUCAUCCCGGGAGAGGCCGAGGCCGAAGCCCAGGCCCAGGCCCCGCCGGACGCCGGCUCCGGCUCCAGCUCCGGCUCCACCACGGCCCUGGCGGACAGUGCGGGCGGCUUCGAUAAAGCUUGCGUCUUUUGUAAAAUCAGCAACAGAUUCGUGCCGGAGGAUCUGCUGCACUGGGAUGAACAGUUUGCCUGUUUUAGAGACAUCCGACCUGGUGCACCCCAUCACUAUCUUGUAGUGCCAAGGAGACAUAUUGGAAAUUGCAAAUCUCUGAAGAAGGAACACAUAUCAAUAGUUCAAACGAUGGUGGCAAUUGGGAAAAAUGUACUUCUUCAAAAGGGGAUAGCUGACCCUGCUGAUGUGAGGCUUGGUUUUCACUGGCCACCAUUCUGUACAGUAGCUCAUCUACACUUGCAUGUACUGGCUCCAGUUAGUCAGAUGGGAUUUUUAUCAAGAAUGAUUUACAGAGCAAAUUCCUACUGGUUUAUAUCUCAUGAACAUUUGAUUGAAAAGCUUAAGGCUCUUCCAGACGAUGGCAGUGGAAGCUAAACAAAUAAAUACUAAUGUUUAAAUUCAGAUGUCAUCUGAAUUUCAACACUGCAGUUGUUCUUUAACUUGAUCCAACUUUGGGUUUAAUCAAAUAGCAUUAAUGAGUGCUAAUUUUACCUGAAAAAUACCAUUUUAUGUUCCCGAAUGCUUGAUCAAUUAAAAAAUAUAUAGUACAGAUUCUGUAACUGGGCUUAGCUUCAAUUUAACUAAUUCCAAAACUGCAUGCAUGAAAGUUCAAUAAUAGUUAAUUAAACCUUAAUGCAUGGAGUUGGUUGCAACCAGUGAAAUUAGCUUCAAUUUAAAAUGGAAAAAUUGAUGAAAUUUAAUUACAUUACAUAUUUGUUCUCAUAUAACUUUGCCUUGCAUUCUGUUAAAUAUUUAAUUGCAUCAACAUCGAUACAAGUUUUGCUGUAAAUGUUUCAAAUGCAUUAAUUAUUUAUUUUGAAUCUGGAUGAUAAGAAUAGAAGUCUCUCCAGAGUUGUAAGUUAAUUUUAGUAGAGGGAAGCCUGGUUGAACAGUUCAACAUAUUAAAUUGAAUGAGCACAACACAAUUUUGCUGCUUGCAUUUGUUAAACUGAGUCUCCACUGUGCCAUUGAGUUAAGAAUUAAAUUGUUCUAAUUUGACUUGUUUCAUUAAUUUGAAUGUUAAUAAAAUAAAAAUAUACAAGUGUAAUG